GUUCCCUAACCCAACCACAAAGAAAGGUUAAUUUCAGUUGAUUUAAUUUGAUAAGAGUUAUGAGUAGCAAUUAAUAAUGGAUUUGUUAUCAUUUAUGAUAAUAUGACUUCUUCCAAAAGUGUACCGAAUUUCAUAUCCAUUUGAAUUUUAAAGAAAACGACUAGGUACUUUAACAAAUUUGUAUUCUUUCCGAAGGAAAUAUCAAAAGAACACUUCAAUGAACAAAAAUGAAUUGUAAAAUCUUCGUUCUGUUAUUUAUAUACUGUAGUUUUAUGAAGAAUUCAGCAGCUGUGUCAGAAGAGGAUGAAGGAGUUGUGUAUGCCAACAGAUGUGAAGUUUGCAAGAUAUUAUCAAUAGAGUUGGAAACCAAACUAGAUGAAACGGGAAGAAUAAAUGAUGUGAUCGAAACAGGAUAUGCUGUGGACGAUGUGAAGCCAAAAAUUAAAAAAGAAUACAAAAAAUCAGAGCUAAGACUGAUCGAGACUUUAGACGGAAUAUGUGAGCGUAUAUUGAAUUACAAUAUUCAUAAAGAACGCAAAGACAGUACAAGAUUCGCCAAAGGAAUGAGUGAAACUUUCAGAACUUUACAUGGAUUGGUGGAUAAAGGAGUUAAAGUUGAUCUAGGAAUUCCCUACGAACUUUGGGAUAAACCUUCUGCAGAAGUUACUAAUAUGAAAACUCAGUGUGAAUCACUACUAGAACAACAUGAGGGUAGUAUAGAAGACUGGUAUUUUAACCAUCAGGGAAGAAUUCCACUUAGAAAAUAUUUGUGCGAGGAUAAAGUAUUGAGCCAUGAAAAUGUUAAAUGUCUGUAUGAAGAACUGAAAGGUGAUAAAGGACAAAGAAAAAUCAAGGACAAGCAAAAAGAGAAGAGUGAAUUGUAAACUUAGCCAGUGAAAAAUUAAUAUGAUUCUAUCGAAUAUAAAUUUUUUAUUACGUAUAUCCAUUUGAACUAGGUAUGGUAUAUAAUGAUAUUAUUAUAUUCAUCAAACCUCCAAUGUA